AUGUUCCGGCAAAUCAACGUGCACCCAGACGACUGGGACUUGCAACGCAUUCUUUGGUUCAAUAAUAAUAAAGAGAUUAUGCCAUAUCAUCUCACCACAGUCACUUACGGCACGAGAUCAGCACCGUUCCUUGCCGUCCGAGUCCUUCAACAACUCCUGGAGGACGAAGGAAAAAAUUAUCCACUCGCAGUACCUGCACUCAAGUACGGCAGAUAUGUCAACGAUAUUUUCGGCAGAGCUGAUAACACUUCUGAGCUAAAAGCAAUCGCCAAUCAAUUAAAACAAAUCUGCACGGCGGGCGGUUUCCCACUAGCCAAGUGGCAAUCAAACAGCGAAGAAGUACUCAAUUUCAUUUCACCAGGUGGAGCAUGUGAUGAACCGCACCAGCUUGGAGACUGCGCGAGCAAACUGCUAGGAUUGUACUGGCACGCAAAGUCGGACAAUUUUAGAUUCAUCAUGAAAAGCCACUCGGACAAUCAAAACAAGUCCUCCAAACGAACAAUCUUAUCUGAGGUGGCUCAGAUCUUCGAUCUACUGGGAUUUUUAUCACCGCUCACAAUCAAGGCAAAGAUGCUGCUGCAGGAAUUGUGGUUGCAAAAAAUCGGUUCGGAUCACCAGGUCCCGUCGAAAGUAUUGCAAUCAUGGCAAUCACUGCAACUCGAACUUCAACAAAUCGACACACUCAACAUUCCACGCUGGAUUAACACUUCAAAGGCCACGAAUUGUGAAUUCCACGGGUUUUGCGACGCAUCUCAGCUCGCAAUGGCAACAGCAAUCUACGUCACUGUUCACUCAGCAUUCUGGGAGACACUCACGACACUCCUUUGCGCACAGACGAAAGUAGCACCACUCAAACGACUCACUAUUCCACGACUAGAACUAUCAGCAGCGCUGCUAAUAUCGAAAUUAAUAACUUACGUCAAAGCCACUCUUCAAGUUGACGCACAAUCAACCACUCUCUCGACUAACUCAUUAGUCACACUCACAUGGAUUCGAUCACAUGCGUCACGCUGGAAGGAUUACGUACGGAAUCAAGUUGUCAACAUCCAACAACUCACCACAGAUUGCAACUGGCGGUAUGUUCCGGGUAAACAAAACCCAGCUGACUGUGCAUCUCGAGACAUCACUCUCGCUCAGCUAUCAUCACACUCACUAUGGUGGACGGGACCACCAUGGCUCUCAAAGUCCCAAUGCCACUGGCCUUGGCAGCCAGACACUCAGGACGACACCACUAGUCAGGAAGCUCGUCCAAAUCUCACUCUCGUCAUGACAACCACUCAGCCGAUUAAUCAAUGCUAG